AUGGUGCACCAUCGCCCCAUUCCAAUGAGCUUAGAUUGGCCACCAAUGGUUCACAGCUUCAAUGGCUUACUCCCUUUUAUGCCAAGAAGACAAUCUUUCAAACAAAUUCCCACUCCUCAAAAUGAUGACACCCGGAGAUUCUCCGGCGAGUCAAACUUUGACUCUCCGGAGUUCGUGGAGGAGCACGAUGGUCAAUGGGUGGGUGAAGAAGACUUUGCGGUUUCCGGGAUGGAUUAUAGUCAGUAUUUUGGUGGUGGAGUUAUGUAUUGGGAUUCCUCCGACCACCCAGUCACCGGAUUCUCCCGCCCGCCUUCCCUGAGCUCCGAUGACAGCUCGUGGGCGUGGCAGGAAGCCGACAUGAACCGGACUGUUGAUGACAUGGUUGCUUUUUCAUCACCUUCGGGUGCAUCUUUCUGUUCGGCUUUCGAUCCAAUCGGAUACGUUAUCCCCGGAGAAGUCACCGGAAAAGUCACCGAUGAGAACAUCAACAUGAACGUGAAUGUUUCCGGUUCUUUGGACAUCGAAGCACCGUAUCCGAUUUUGCGACCGAUUAUUAUCUCGCGGGACCGGUCGCGGGAGUUUAAGCGGGCCCACACGUACGAACAUAAAUCGCCGUGUGUGCCGCCUAGCAAACGAGAAGAACCGCCGCUGGUGAAACGGCCGCCUUCGCCGGUGGUUCUUUGUGUCCCGCGCGGUGGUGCGUCGGUGGUCGGCGGUGAUUCGAGGAAGCAACGCGGGUUUCCGACUGUUCGUUCCGGUAGCUCGAGUCCCCGGAAUUGGGGCGUGAAAGGGUGGUUUCAUGACGGAAUUAAUUUCGAAGAAGCGUGUUUGAGAGUAGAUGGAAGUGAAGUCGUUUGGCCUUCAUGGAGAAAGAAAAGUCAAUUACCGGGAGCUUUGAUUGCAAUCUCGCAAGAAAAACAUCCGGAUUUGGCGAUUCCGCUUCAAUCUCCGGAAUCGGAAUUAGAUUCCACCGUUCGUAGUUCAACGAUUCCGGUCAUGCACAGUCUUUUAAACGACGAAAUCGACUCGUUUUGUAAACGGGUCGCCGGAGUAAACUUGACCCGGAAACCGUACAUCAACUGGGCGGUCAAACGGGUUACCCGUUCGCUUCAAGUUUUAUGGCCGCGGUCCCGAACUAACAUCUUCGGGUCAAACGCAACCGGGUUAUCUCUCCCGACAAGUGAUGUCGAUCUCGUGGUUUGCCUCCCUCCCGUUCGAAACCUAGAACCAAUAAAAGAAGCCGGAAUCCUCGAAGGUCGGAAUGGAAUCAAAGAAACCUGUCUCCAACACGCGGCUCGGUAUCUCGCGAAUCAAGAGUGGGUGAAAAACGACUCCCUCAAAAUCGUGGAAAACACCGCGAUUCCAAUCAUCAUGCUUGUCGUCCAAGUUCCUUUCGAUGAUUCCAUUCCGGAGUUGACCGGAAUGGAAUUGAUCCGAAUCGAUAUAAGUUUCAAAGCACCAUCGCACACCGGAUUACAAACAACGGAAUUAGUAAAAGAACUUACGGAACAGUUUCCGGCCGCCACCCCUCUCGCGCUUGUCCUAAAACAAUUUCUGGCUGACCGGAGUUUGGACCAAUCGUAUUCCGGUGGUUUAAGUUCUUAUUGUUUGAUUUUGUUGAUAACACGUUUUCUUCAACAUGAGCAUCAUUAUGGGAGACCAAUUAAUCAAAACUUUGGAGGGCUUCUUAUGGAUUUUUUUUACUUUUUUGGAAACGUGUUUGAUCCACGUCAGAUGCGGAUUUCGGUUCAAGGGAGUGGGGUUUAUAUAAAUAGAGAAAGGGGGUAUAGUAUUGAUCCGAUUUAUAUAGACGAUCCUUUGUAUCCUGCGAAUAAUGUUGGAAGGAAUUGUUUUAGGAUUCAUCAAUGUAUAAAGGCGUUUGCGGAUGCGUAUUCUACUUUGGAGGAUCGGCUUUUGUCUCUCACUGAUAAUUGUGAUUCGAGUAAGUUGAAGCUACUCCCGUUGAUUAUACCGAGUGUUGGUAAUUCGUAG